AUGUUUGAGAUGAAGAGAGCAAUUGACGCCUUAGUUGUUUUAGCUGGUUUUAUUUCAAUGUAUAACGCAAAAAUGAACCCGCAAUGUUCAAAAUGUAAGGCAGCAAUUAGGAAAUAUAACUACUCAGUCAAAGAGAUAGAAAGAAUGAGAAACGACUAUGCAGACUUAAAGAAAGAAGCAGAAAAGCCAGCAGAAGAUAAAAUGAACAUGUUAGAAUUUCUGAACAAAAACUAUCCAACAGCAGAAGAUUUCCUUCUAUCUGACGUCAAGAAGAAGUAUAAAGAAACCUUCGGUAUUGUUAAAACUUUUGACAUACUGACAGAAGAAAUAGAAGCUACGAAAUUGUUUAGGAUUUCAAAUAUACAUCGUACAAUUCAUGUAAAACGCUUGUGA